AUGAAGAAUUCCUGCACCAAUGAUGACACAUUCGGUCCCGUCGUCCACGGUUGUCGUGAUGACUUCGACCUGACAAUCAAGUUCGAGCAGGUGAUCCUGACAAUCGUCCCUGCGGCCGUUUUCAUUUUCUUCAUCGCCGCAUACGCCGGACUUCGGCUUCAUCAACUGGUUCUGACCAGCCGUAGCACGUCAUGGACAACGACUACGUCAGUCGCAUCGGAUGCGAUGGUAUUCGUGGUCGGUCUUGCGAUGAUGCCGUUGUCGUUUUUGGAGCAUGCCCGCUCUCCCCGGCCAUCAACUCUGCUCAGCAUCUUCCUUCUGGUGACGUUCGUUCUCGACGUUCCGCUUUCACGAACGCUGUGGCUUUCGGCAGGGUCUGAUGCCGGCCGUCAGCAAGCCUACACCUCCCUCGCAUCACUCGUCUUGAAGGCUGCAAUUUUGGUCGUGGAGUCUCACCAAAAGCCCCUGGCAUGGUACGUCGACCAGAAACCGCAGGGUCCCGAAGCGUAUGGCGGCAUCAUCAAGCUGGCUUCGUUCUUCUGGUUGAACGGCCUCUUCAUCAAGGGAUACCGUAAAGUUCUCACAAUCAGUGACCUCUACCUCCUCGACGAUGCUAUGACGGCCGAGGUCUUGCACGCAAAGUUUGAGCCUCACUAUGCGAGAAACAACAGCGUCGGCAAGUCGCAUCCCCUCGCCAGAAGCUUGUUUCGUACCCUCGCGAUCCCCUUGAUCCUGCCGGUCGUCCCUCGGGCCCUUCGAAUAGGAUUCAUGUUUGGGCAGCCCCUUUUGAUUCAAGGUCUCCUGAGCUAUCUAGUAGAGCCCGCAGACUCUUCGUCGCCGAACAAGGGUUACGCAUUCAUCGGCGCGGCGUUCUUCAUCUACGUCGGCAUGGCAGCCUGUCAGGCGCUGCACUUUUACCUGCACGAACGGUCUCUCUUCAUGGUCAGGGGAGUGCUGGCGUCCGCUGUGUACCGCAAGACGACAGUCCUGAAGCUCUCUGCCGCAGACGACUCUGCGGCCUUGACGCUCAUGAACGCCGACGUGGAGCGCUUCAAGGGCGGCAUCCAGCAUUUCCACGAAUACUGGGCGAACCCCAUCGAGAUUGCAAUCGCAUGCUGGCUCCUCGAGCGCCAGAUCGGUGCUGCCUUUGUGUCACCCAUCAUUCUUGUCAUCAUCUGCUUCGCAAUCGCCGCAGUCAUUGCCGGCGUGUCAGCGUCUCGUCAGGCAGUGUGGAUGAAGGCUAUCCAGAAGCGGGUGGGCGUGACGUCCAAGUCUAUCUCCAGUAUGAAGGCGCUAAAGAUUUCUGCCAUGACUGGCCCGGUGGAGAGGUUGAUUCUCAAACUGCGGCUCCAGGAUCUUCAUGAUGGCGGACGGUGGCGCUCCAUGAUCAUCUGCGCUGUCGCUGCUUCUUUCACGCCGACCCUACUCGGGCCGACGGUGGCAUUUGCGACAACCUCGUCGACUCUGGAUGUUACUCGCAUCUUUACGUCCAUCGCUUACUUGAUGCUCAUCGCUGGCCCCUUGGGACUGCUGCUGCAAACGUUCCCGAUGAUGACUGGAGCAUUCGCCUGUUUGGGCCGUAUCCAAGCAUAUCUCAACAAGGAAGCGCGAGUGGAUUUCCGCAAGACCCCUGAAUCGAUGCCCCCAGCUAAGCAGAACGGGAAUGUUCCGGCGGACUCUGAGGCCACCGCGAUUACAGUCACGCAAGGCUUCUUCGGCUGGGAACAGGGAAAGAACGUCUUGGAGAAGAUCGACAUCAAGAUUCCCGCCUCUUCCCUCACCAUCAUUGUGGGGCCCAUUGCCUCUGGGAAGUCGACUUUGUUGAAGGCCUUUCUAGGCGAGACACCAUACAAUUCCGGUGAAGUCGCUUUUGGAGUCAGCUGCCGCAACGUGGGCUACUGCGACCAGUCCCCUUUCCUCUACAACGACACGGUCAAGGCCAACAUUAUUGGGCACUCUGCCCUGGACCCGGAGCGCUACAAACAAGUCAUCGACGCCACCAUGUUGUCUGCAGACCUGGCAACGCUGCCCAAAGGUGACCGCACCAAGAUUGGCAGCAAUGGCGUCACAUUGAGCGGAGGCCAAAGACAACGAGUUGCCCUCGCACGCGCCCUCUACCUGGAGACCGAGAUUCUCAUCCUCGACGACAUUCUGAGCGGCCUCGAUGCCACCACAGAGGAGCAUGUUUUCCGCCGCGUGUUUGGUCCUGAUGGCAUCGUUCGCCGCAGAGGGGUCACGGCAGUGCUCUGCACUCACUCGGUCCGGCACCUUCCUUCAGCAAACCACAUCAUAGCCCUCGGUACAGAUUGCACCGUGGUCGAACAAGGCUCUUUCGCCCACUUGAAAAACAACGGAAAAUACAUUGAGAGCCUCAAAGUUUCGGAGGAAAAGGCUGCUUCCAAGGGUGCCGACGACGACGACGAAGAUGAACCUGAGCCUAUCGCUCUGACAAAAACAAAGACUGCCGAGUCCGUCUUGGAGAAGGAGGCGGACAAGGCACGCCAGGUGGGCGACACGUCGGUCUACGGACACUGGUUCGGCACCAUGUCGCCGCUGGUACUUGCUGGAUACUUCUUCUGGUGCACCUCCUACGGCUUCAACCAGGCCUUUCCCAACAUCUGGCUCAAGGUCUGGUCUGAGGACAUUGUGUCACCGGAUCCGAAGCAUGGGAAAGCAUACUACUUGGGCAUAUACGCCCUCCUCGAAGUGCUGUGUCUCGUCUCCUUGAUCAUGGUCAUAUUCAUCUGCUUGAGAAUCAUGAUCUACCAGUCAGGAGCCAAGCUUCACCAACAGAGCCUGCGGACACUCAUUGGCGCGCCUUUGAGGUACCUGACAGUCACUGAUGCCGGCACCAUCACCGGGCUUUUUGCCCAAGACAUCAACCUGAUUGACGGAGAGCUUCCCAUGGCGUUCAUCAACUUUUCUUUUGGGAUGUUCACUGCGAUCGGGAUGCUAUUCAUCAUUGCAACCACAUCACCCUGGCUGGUUAUCACCUACCCGUUCCUCAUCGGGGUCGUGGUCGCGGUGCAGAGGUUCUACCUGCGGACGUCGAGGCAGUUGCGGCUAUUGGAUCUCGAGGCAAAGGGUCCUCUCUACUCUCACUUCAUCGACACUCUCAAGGGCUUGGCCACCGUGCGAGCAUUGGGCUUCAUACCCACCGACAUCUCGGUCAAUAACCGUCUACUCGACACCAGCCAAAGGCCAGCGUAUCAGCUUGCCCUCAUCCAGCGUUGGCUGGCGCUCGUUUUGAGGCUCAUUGUUGCCGCCAUCGCGAUUCUUGUCGUCACUCUGUCGACACAGCUGCGAGCGAACUCGGGAUACACAGGAGCAACUCUCGUGACUAUCAUGCGAUUGAGUGACACGCUCACCAUGCUCGCGUCCUCGUUUACUUCGGUAGAAACCAGUAUCGGCGCCGUAGCACGUAUCAAGACUUUCCAUGAGACAGUCAAGCCCGAGACUGGGCCGGAAGAAGACACUAUACCCGAGGAAAGCUGGCCUCAGAGGGGCGCGGUCGAAAUCAAGGGCAUCUCAGCUUCGUACGGCGACCCCGAGGACCCCAAGUCUAUGGAUGAACUCGCCAUCCGUGAUCUCGAUCUUACCAUCAACGCCGGCGAGACGGUAGCCGUCUGCGGACGCACGGGAAGUGGGAAAUCCUCUCUGGUGCUCCUGCUCCUCCGUCUCCUCAACCCUCUCCCAGACUCCGACGGCGACAUCACCAUCGAUUCCCUGCCCGCUAGCAAAAUAGACAGAGACGUCCUCCGCCGCCGCAUCAUCGCUGUCUCCCAAGACCCCAUCUUCCUUCCUGACGGCUCGACCAUCCAGGACAACAUUGACCCGUUCGGUGAAGCAGAUGAAGCAGAAUGCAGGGGCGUUCUCGAACAAGUUGGGCUUUCCGCAGCAAUCGAGGAUCGCGGUGGCCUGUCUGCCGACCUUCCCUCAGAGGCUCUCAGCGCGGGCCAGAAGCAGCUCUUCUGCCUUGCGCGGGCCGUUCUCCGCCGCCGUGUCAGGGGGCGCAACGGUGCCGAGGGUGGCAUCCUCCUUCUCGACGAAGUCUCGUCAAGCGUCGACAAGGCCACCGAGGUGGAGAUGCACAAUGUCAUCUCACGGGAGUUCAAGGGGUACACCGUCAUCAUGGUGUCUCACCGGCUGGACACUGUGAUGGAUUGCGAUACCAUCGUGGUCAUGGACAAGGGGCGCGUGGUAGAGAAGGGCGAGCCAGGUGUGUUGAAGGAUCAGGAGGGCGGUGCAUUUAGGGAGCUUUGGAACGCCAGUAGGACAUCCGAGGAAUGA